AGACUUAUAGGGAUGGAGACUGAUCAUGACAAAAGGUUCUGAAAAUGAGUAGUGUGUAGAACAAUGUCUGAAGAGGAUGUUCAGGUGUACCAGUACGGGUUCCAGCAACGAGCCUCGUACCACCAAAGCGUUAAGAGCUCAGAUGUCAUCAGCAUAGCUUACAGUCCUUUUUCUGGGGACUUCGCUCUACUGGAUGGUGCAGGAAUAACACAUUGGAAUAAAGACACCCAAAUAGAUAAACGGCUGCUAACCUACCCAUCGAACAAGAAGCAGUUGUUGAAACAGAUUAUUUUCAUACCAAAGUAUGGUAUUUACUUUGCUCUUGCGAAGGAUAAUACACUACAGCUGCUGAAUUCAAUGCUGCAAUGCAGUUUUGUGUUUGACGCGGACAAUGGAACAAUUCUCUGCAUGCUUUAUGAUAUGAGAAGAGAUAUCAUAAUCACAGCUGGAGUCGGAGGAGUCAAGAUGUGGAGGUAUUUGCACCACAAGUGCGACAGAGACAGUGCGGGAACAGAACAGUUUUUUAUCCAGUAUAAACGCUACACAGUCACACCCUCUCAGUGGAUCACAAGAGUUCAGCUGGACGAUACUAACGACAGGCUACUGUGUGUGGCACAAAAGGAGAUAAUAAUCCUAACAUCAGACUGUGACUACCUGUUCACAAUCUCCACCUCCCCCUGUCUCCCCCUCACAGACUGCUGUUACUGCGCUAAGUUCAAAUACUACAUCACUGCCAGUAUUGACACGGCUCUAAAAGUUUGGUCAGAGCAGGGGACAAUGUUACAUACCUUCACCUCUCACAGCAAGGCGGUAACGAGCGUGUUGAUGCACCCUCAGUCAGAUCUGAUCAUGGUCAGCGCCAGUUUGGAUAAGAGCGUGAGACUCUGGAAUUUGGAGACAUUCGAGGAGAUUUACAAGUUGCAGGUGUGCGAGCAUGGUAUCCAGUGGGUAGGAUUAACACGUGACAACUACUUGUACUGUGGAACAUCACGUGAUCUCAGUGUCUGGUCCAUCAACUUCCUCGCUCACUUCUUCUCUCAGACACGUGUACCAGUGAGUAAGAUCAGUCCAGUAAUGCACUGCAACACUAAGAAGACUCCACGUGUCGUGGUGCUGGGAGAGGACAGCUCAGUUAGACUUCUCUCAGCUCUGAGUGGUAAAGGUAUAUCUACAAUACUACCCCCUCCUGACAUCAGUCCUCUUAACAAGAUUCUAGAUGUGAGCUACAGCAGAUACUACGGUCUUAUCUUCCUCCUGAUAGACAGUCUCACUAUAUGGGUCUACACUUCAAGGACAGACCCCGCAUCUCGAGUGGACCAUUGGGAGGAAGAUGUUUUGAGGCUGAUGCUCCAUACUGAGGACGUUUCUGGAACUCUAGGAGUAACCUGUUCUAUCCAGUGCCUGACAGUGUUACACAGUCACGUGACAGUAGAAGGAGAGGAGGGACCAGUCACUCCCACAUGUGUUAAUCUACUCGUCCUAGCUCUACUGGACGGUAGAUUAGUCUUCAUUGAUCCUGUGGUUAAAGGACUGAAAUAUCAUGCGAUAUCUGUGCACAGGGACCCAGUGAGUAUUCAUUGUAGAGAACAUCUUUAACAUCGUUUAUUUGAAAACAAAAUCUUUCUAUAAUGUGUGUUAUAUAAUAUGUAAGUUAACACUGUUCAUAUCAAGCUACCAGAUAUAAACACUGUUUAUAUCAAGUUACCAGAUAUAAACACUGUUUAUAUCAAGUAACCAGAUAUAAACACUGUUUAUAUCAAGUAACCAGAUAUAAACACUGUUAAUAUCAAGUUACCAGAUAUAAACACUGUUCAUAUCAAGUUACCAGAUAUAAACACUGUUCAUAUCAAGUUACCAGAUAUAAACACUGUUCAUAUCAAGUUACCAGAUAUAAACACUGUUUAUAUCAAGUAACCAGAUAUAAACACUGUUCAUAUCAAGUUACCAGAUAUAAACACUGUUUAUGUCAAGUUACCAGAUAUAAACACUGUUCAUAUCAAGUAACCAGAUAUAAACACUGUUCAUAUCAAGUUACCAGAUAUAAACACUGUUCAUAUCAAGUUACCAGAUAUAAACACUGUUUAUAUCAAGUUACCAGAUAUACGCUGUUGAAGAGCACGGGGACAAGUUGCUGGUUACCACGCUCUCCCACGUGACCACUCUAACCUUCCU